CACAGCUCCCGCGGACAAAGCUUGGUUUGGGGACAAGCUUUGCACCCACCAUGCAGACCCGCCUCGGUCAACUCCCGAGGGCACGACCAGGGGAAUUCCCUCCCUUCGUACGAGCCAGAGAAGCAGACCCCACGGGGCUCCCGCCUCAUGGAGUGUGGCCUGGUCCAACUAGCUCAUCAGUGGUCGCUGUUCGAUUGAGCGGUUUCCUUGCGUAUGCCGGCAUUCACAAUGUGCCCACCGCUCGGGCAACUUCCGCUGCCAGUUGGACGAAGGCGGCCCCCAACAAGAACUCCUCAUGACCCCGUGGGGUCCCCCCGCGAAUAAACAGCGAGGGGAAGUGUCCUUGGGCUAUAAAGAUUCGCUUCCCCUGCUCCUAGGGUCUGCCGGUUUUGUUCUCACUCAUCGACUCCUUCUGAAGUCCCUCAUCCAGCCUGUCCUAGAGAGUCAUCCUCCCUUGCAAGCCUGCCAAGAUGAAGAUCUCUUUCGGAAAGACGGAGGCCAUGGCCGACACGCCCAAGCAGGUGUUCAACUGGCGCCUGUAUUGGAGCACUUUUGUCUUUGGCAUCCUCGGAGCCAGUCGUGGUCUCGACGAAGGUCUUGUAGGCGGCAUGGUCACCCUCAAGAGCUUCUCUACCGAAUUCGGUCUGAACCAGGGAAGCAAGGAGCAGAUUGCUCAGACCACGUCCAACAUCACCAGCAUGGUCCAGCUCGGCUCCAUCAUCGGUGCGCUCCUUGCCUUCCUCCUCUGCGACAACAUCGGCCGUAUCCGCUCGUUCCAGGUGCUUUGCAUGCUGUGGCUCGUUGGCUUCAUCAUCGUCAUCACCAGCCAGGGCAGCGUCGCCCAAGUGCUCGGCGGCAGGUUCAUCGCCGGCCUCGGCAUCGGCAUGACCACCGUUGUUGGUCCGACCUACCUCGCCGAGACGGCUCCUCGGGCGGUGCGUGGCAUGCUCACCAACAUCUUUGCCGGGUCCGUCUACUUGGGUGUCAUGAUCGCCUACUUCAGCAACUGGGGUGCCUCGAUCAACAUCCCGUGGACGUCAAGAAUGCAGUGGGUGGCACCGCAGACGGCGCACAUUGGUUUCGCUGGAGCGCUCCUCAUCAUGUCCUUUACCGUCAACGAGACCCCUCGCUACCUGACCAUGAAGAACCAGCCCGAAAAAGCCAUCUCUGCCCUCUGCAAGCUCCGUCAGCUCCCCGCGGACCAUCCCUUCGUCCAGGCCGAGCUGCUUGGCAUCCGGGAGCAGCUCGAGCGCGAGAAGGAGGCCACCCACGGUGUCUCGCGCUGGGGCAAGAUCCGCGAGCUCCUCAUGGUCCCCGCCAACCGGUACCGCCUCAUGCUGGGCUGCAUGUCGCAAAUUUUGGGGCAGUGGUCAGGCGCCUCGGCUAUCACGAUCUACGCGCCCAACUUCUUUGCCACGCUUGGCAAGACGGGCGAGUCCGAGAAGCUGUUUGCGACAUGCAUCGUGGGCGUCGUCAAGCUGUCCGCGGCCUACCUCUCUGCCUUCUUCCUCAUCGAGUUCAUCGGCCGCCGGCGCUCCCUGUACUGGGGCAUCACACUGCAGAUGAUCUCGAUCCUGUACGUGGCCAUCUUCCUCGGCAUCAUCAGCCCGGACAAGCUGGCGUCCGGCAACCUCUCCGAAACGGACAAGCAGGCCGCCACCGGCGCCGUGGCGAUGCUGUACAUUUCGGGCGUUGGCUGGACCAUGGGCUGGAACUCGUUCCAGUACCUCGUCAACGCCGAGAUCUGGCCCCUGCGGCUGCGUGCCCUCGGCUCCUCGCUCGUCAUGUGCCUGCACUUUAUCAACCAGUACGGUAACACCAAGGCUGUGCCCUUGAUGGUCCUGGCCAUGACGAGCUACGGCUUCUUCGCCUUCUGCGCCGCCGUGUGUUUCCUGGGCCUGCUGUGGGUGUGGUUCUUCGUACCGGAGCUCGCGGGCCGCUCGCUCGAGAGCACUGACGAGCUGUUCAACCUGCCCUGGUACAAGAUUGGACGGCAUGGCGCAAAGACUCCCGAUGCCGAGGCCUCGAACGAGCAUGCUUGGGCCAACGAGAAGGACGAGGCGGUUGCGGCCGAAUCAAAGGGCUUCCAUGUGGAGGAGGCUCGUCGUGACUAGGAUGUAUCUCUGCAUGGCGGCCAUAUCGAAACUUUAGUCAGUCGGGAAAUACAGUUCUUCUUGACGGAGUAAAAGAGACUCUGCUUCCUCCUA